UAUAUACUAUAUUAUUACUCUCUUUUAGCAGACAUUACUGUCUAGUCUCUAAGCACAACCAAACACAACUUUAACCACUUUAACAAGCCACACAACCAGAUCAAACUCAUUAGCAAUGGCCUCCGGAGGCUUUUCGUUUGCUACUUCGGAUGCUCAAACGAGUAGUAGUGGGGUUCGGAGCAACCCCACCUUGCUAUGCACUCCAUUGAUGGGCACCACAGUUGAUCAGAUGCUGAUAGAGAUGCGAAAGGCGAAGGAGAUCGGAGCCGACCUUGUGGAGAUCAGACUGGACUGUCUCAGGCAGUUCAGUCCCCAACAAGAUCUUGAAAUCCUCAUCAAGAGGUCUCCUCUGCCCACUGUUGUCACUUACAGGCCAAUUUGGGAAGGUGGUCAGUAUGAAGGUGAUGAAAACAAGCGACAGGGUGCACUUAAGAUAGCCAUGGAAUUGGGAGCCGAUUACAUUGAUAUUGAGCUUCAGGUGGCUAAUGAGUUUAACAAUUCCAUUUACGAAAAGAAGCCUGACAAGUUCAAGGUCAUUGUUUCUUCACACAACUUUCACAACACUCCAUCUGCUGAGGCUAUUGGCAAUCUAGUGGCAAGAAUUCAAGCUACUGGAGCCGACAUUGUCAAGAUCGCAACAACUGCCUUAGAUAUCACAGAUGUGGCUCGCGUUUUCCAGAUAACUGUGCAUUCCCAAGUUCCAACAAUAGGAAUUGUUAUGGGUGAGAGGGGUUUGAUUUCACGGCUACUUAGCCCCAAAUUUGGUGGAUAUCUCACUUAUGGUGCACUUGAGGCCGGUGCUAUAUCAGCUCCUGGGCAACCAACAGUAAAAGAUUUGUUGGAUUUAUACAACUUCAGACUGAUAAAGCCAGAUACCAAAGUCUAUGGCAUCAUUGGAAAGCCUGUUGGUCACAGCAAAAGCCCUCUCCUAUUCAAUGAAGCAUUCAAGAAAGUCGGUCUAAACUCAGUUUACGUGCACUUGUUGGUGGAUGAUGUUGCAAAGUUCUUCAAUAUCUAUUCAUCCACUGAUUUUGCUGGAUUCAGUUGUACAAUUCCCCACAAAGAGGCUGCACUUAAAUGCAUGAAUGAGAUUGACCCUAUUGCCAAGAAAAUUGGAGCUAUUAACAACAUUGUUAGGAGACCAGAUGGAUCGCUAACUGCUUUCAACACUGAUUAUAUUGGUGCCAUUUCUGCCAUUGAGGAUGGUCUACGAGGCUCAAAUGGCACAAUCCCGGCAGGUGGUUCACCCUUAGCUGGUAAAUUGUUUGUCGUCCUAGGAGCUGGUGGAGCCGGCAAGUCACUUGCCUAUGGUGCAAAACAAAAGGGAGCAAGAGUAGUAGUUGCCAACCGAACAUUUGAACGCGCUAAGGAACUGGCUGACAAAGUUGACGGAAAAGCCAUGACGCUUGCUGAAGUUCAGGAUUUCCACCCUGAAGAAGGGAUGGUCCUUGCAAAUACUACAUCUGUAGGAAUGAAGCCCGACAUUGAUUUAACCCCCAUAUCUAAGGAAGCUCUUAAGCAUUAUGCUUUAGUUUUUGAUGCCAUUUACACACCAAAAGACACCAGACUCUUGCGGGAAGCAAAAGAAUGUGGAGCCAUAAUUGUUUAUGGGACAGAGAUGUUGAUCCGACAGGGCUUUGAACAAUACAAGAACUUCACUGGUUUGCCAGCUCCAGAACAACUCUUUAGGGAUCUCAUGUCAAGACAUGCAUAAGAGAGUGUGUGUUUUUCUCCAUCACAGCCAAGUCGCUUUGAUUACUGAAUUUUGUGGCUAGUUCUUGAGUAGUUGAAUUAUUUUGCUGUAUGAAUAAAAUUUUCUUUUCAUGUUAAUGGAAGGACAUAAACAGUGUGUCUUAAAGAUUUUCAAUCCUGAGCUUGAGCAGUAUUGGCUGAAGAAGGAAGAGCUAGUACAUUAAACUAUGUUUCUAGAGAAAUGGAAUGGCAAGAAUAGAUUCAUAUAGUUAAUCCCAA